CCGCCUCCAGCUGUGCGCGGGGGUUGGGGGUGCUGCGUGGGGCGCGACGGCCCCGUGACCGCCGGCGUCCAGGGCAAGGCUGAAGGCCUGCGUGGAGCAGAGGAGUCCUGGCGAGGGAGCCCCGCCCCGCCCCCACCCCUGGGCGACGUGGCUGGCCCCGGCACUCGGGGCAACGGAUUUAAGGGUGGAAGGACACUGCUUACCGACCAAGUCUCCCCUCCUCACCCAGAGCCCCCCGUUUUGUAUUUGCGGGAGAAGAGACUCGCCCAUGAAAUGAAAGAAAGAACAGUGGCUGGAGAAGAAAAAUGGGUACAGGACAAGCUGUUCUUACUAUUGUUCAUGGAUAAGACUUGAGCUUGACUGAGGGCCCAGAAGAAAGAUCCAGUUGAAAAGGUAAGACUGAAGGAGGAAUAGAGAUGUCUUAGUCUGGGCUGCUGUAAUUAUUAGCUGCUGUUAUUAGCUACGGACUAAGCAGCUAAUAACCCACAGACAUUUAUUUAUCACAGCUCUAGAGGCUGGGAGUCCAAGAUGAGAGUCCCAGCAUAGUUGGGUUCUGAUGAAGACCCUCUUACAGGUUGCAGACCACUGACUUCUGGCUGUUUCCUUACCUGGUGGAAGGGAUGAGGCAGCUCCCUAGGUUCUCUUUUGUUAGGGCACUAAUCCCGUUCAUGAGGGCUCCACUCGCGUGACCUAAGCACCAAAAUACCAGAGGCCCUACCUCCUAACACCAUCACAUUGUUGGGGAGGAUUUCAACAUACAAAUUUGGUCGGGGGUGGACACAAACAUUUAGAUCAGAGCAGGAGAAUAUGUCAUUUGGAAACACCUUCUGUCAUGAGUAGCAGAAUAUCCAACACAAAGUGGCUAAAUCGUAAGGCUCUUAAUUAUCUUGCAAAAUAAAUUUAAAGUAGGUAGGUCCAGAGUUAGUUCAGCAAUUCAGUGGUGUCAGGGUUCCAAUUAGUGACUCUGAAUUUCUCUUGACCCUUCCUUUGUGGCCGAAAGAAAGCUGUUGCAGCUCUGGACAUUGUAUCCUCACACAAACACGCCCAAAGGCAUGAAGCAGGAAGACGGGCAGGAUGGGGAAAUAGAACUCUCCUUUUACAGGGAGGAAAAACAUUUUCCCCAGAAGACACCCAGCACACUUGCCCUUAGGUUUUGCUGGCCAGAAUUGGACAGUUGGUGUAUUAAGGUUACAUUAGCUCUAGAGAUGAAAUACCAAGAUAAUAAUGGCUUUAAAAGUUUGUAUUUCUCUCAGGUAAAUGAAUUUUGGAAGCGACAAUCUAAAGCCAGAGUGGCAGCUCUGUUUCACCAAGUCUUUAAGCAUUUGUAGACUUUGUGGAUUGGAAUUCCUCUUUCCAGUGCAUGACACAAGAUGGCUACCCCAGCUCUAGCUACUGUAUCUGCAUUUUAGCCAGCAGGAAAGAGUAAGGGAAUGUUCCUCUCUCCAGAACACAUUUUGGAAUUUUACCUAUUAUUUCUUACAUCUCAUAAGCCAAUAUUUAGUCAGAAGGCCACAACCAGUUGAAGGAAGUUUGAGAAAUGUGGUUUUUAUUUAGAAUGACCAAGUGCCCAGCUAGCUAAUUGUCAAGGUUCUGUUACAGAGGAAAACAAGAGGUCAUCUUGCAGGCAGGUGGUGAUAGGAGUCCAGGAAAGUGUUUGUUUGUUUGUUUUCAGCCUCACUAAUGAGAAGCAAGCAAGGGAGAAGAUUGAAAAUGAGAGUUGGUUGAGUUAAUCAAGUAGGCCUGCUUCAGGGAGAGUUGAAAUUUAAUGGAGCAGGAUCCUGGAGGAUCAAGAAAGGAUGGAUUCAGAGUUCAUACCUUGGGGUGUCUUCAUGCAACAACAACAAUAAUAAUAACUUCCAUGUACAGAGCCCUUACCGAGUGCUUUAUGUGCAUGAUGUCUUUUAAUCCCCAAGAGGCUGCCCCACUUUACAGAUGAGGAAACUGAAGAGCAGCCUUGUUUUCGAAAUGAUUUGCAGGCUGCCAGAGGAGGACGCGAGAGGAAGUCUGGCCCUUCGGAGCCCGCCUGCCAAGCACAUCUGGAAGUGGUUUCAGGGGCCGCCUCACUUGGACAGCAUAACGCCUGGAUUCCCAGCUGCUUGGAGCAGGGGUGGAAGAAACCUGAGCCGCUCCAAAGUCGACGCAAGCAAGGUCGGGGGAGGGGGUCUGGUGGGGGAGAAAGACUUUUGGAAACGUAAUAUUGGCCUUGAGGCUCUCCAGCCCUUUGGGAUUUCCAAUGGGAUCUUAGAAGCAGCUGGAGCAGCGUGAAAGGCAGCAGCCACGAUUUGAACGCUCUGCCCUGCAGCUCUUCUGGACCAAGGAGCCCAGAGCCGUGCCCUCACCGCUUACCAGGUCACAGUUUUUAUCCACGUGAACACACAUGGCUUUAUUACGAAAAAUUAAUCAGGUGUUGCUGUUCCUUCUGAUUGUGACCCUCUGUGGGAUUCUGUAUAAGAAAGUUCAUAAGGGGACUGUGCUCAGGAAUGAAACAGGUGAUGACUCUGAGGCUGCUGAGGAAAUGGAAGAUGAGAUCCCCGUGGUGAUUUGUGCAGCAGCAGGGAGGAUGGGUGCUGCUAUGGCUGCCAUCAACAGCAUCUACAGCAACACCGACGCCAACAUUUUGUUCUAUGUAGUUGGACUCCGGAACACUCUGUCCCGAAUACGAAAAUGGAUUGAACAUUCUAAACUGAGAGAAAUAAACUUUAAAAUUGUGGAAUUCAACCCUAUGGUCCUCAAAGGGAAGAUCAGACCAGACUCCUCGAGACCGGAACUGCUCCAGCCUCUGAAUUUUGUUCGAUUUUAUCUCCCUCUGCUUAUCCACCAACAUGAGAAAGUCAUCUAUUUGGACGAUGACAUAAUCGUACAAGGGGACAUCCAAGAAUUGUAUGACACCACCUUGGCCCUGGGCCAUGCAGCAGCUUUCUCAGAUGACUGCGACUUGCCUGCCUCUCAGGACAUACACAGACUUGUGGGGUUGCAGAAUACAUAUAUGGGCUAUCUGGACUACCGGAAGAAGACCAUAAAAGACCUGGGCAUAAGCCCCAGCACUUGCUCUUUCAAUCCUGGUGUGAUUGUUGCCAACAUGACAGAAUGGAAGCACCAGCGCAUCACCAAGCAACUGGAGAAAUGGAUGCAAAAAAAUGUGGAGGAGAAUCUGUACAGCAGCUCCCUGGGAGGAGGGGUGGCCACCUCCCCGAUGCUGAUUGUGUUUCACGGGAAGUACUCCACCAUCAACCCCCUGUGGCACAUAAGGCACCUGGGCUGGAAUCCAGAUACCAGAUAUUCGGAGCAUUUUCUGCAGGAAGCAAAACUACUCCACUGGAACGGAAGACAUAAACCUUGGGACUUCCCCAGUGUUCACAAUGACCUAUGGGAGAGCUGGUUCGUGCCUGACCCUGCAGGGAUAUUUAAACUCAAUCACCCCAACAGCUGAUAUAACUUGACAUUCUAAAUACUUCCUCUAUAAAUAUACGGAAUUGUCCAUUUGUAGCCUACUAUAACACUGUUCUUUCUGAACAGUACCUUUGAUACAUAUGAUCCACAAUUAAAAAAAAACCCCACUGUGUGCAAAUAGUACCUUGGAUCAUACAGAUUUUGAUUUACUUCCUUAAGUACAAGUGGCACUUAUGAAGGAUUAUGUGAGUGAAAUAUAUUACUGUAAGAAAUUAAACCCAUGUAGAUGUCAGCAAUUUGCUUAACUCUGAAUGAGUUAUUUCCACAAAUUUAAAAUGUUUCUAAAUAUAUUUUUCACAUGUAGAUAUUUUUAAACAGGUUGCCAAUUGCCAAUCUUGUGUUUUGUAGAUUUUUAUAGAUUCAUGUACAUUUAAAGCAUAAAUGUCUGAAAAAAUAAAAUAUUCAUAGAUUUUUAA